AUGCGGGUGCUAGCCGAGGAGGAGGAGGACAUGCUGCCGUCGACGCCGGGCAAGGUGAAGAUCGAGCGGGCGGGUGCCAUGACCCGGCAGCUGCACCGGUGCUUCGCCUCCACGGGCACCAUGUUCCUGUGGGCGCUCUUCCUCGUGGCCAUGACGGCCACGUACCUCAGCUUCCACUCCUUCGUCGACACCUCGUCGCGCUACUUCGCCGCGUCCUGGGGCGGCCUGCACUGGGAGCGGCAGAUCCGCGCGUCGGCGUCGCCCCGCCGGCCGCCCGGGUCGGCGGAGGGCGCGGGGCUGUCCGUGCUGGUGACCGGCGCCGCCGGGUUCGUGGGCACGCACUGCUCGCUGGCCCUGCGGAAGCGCGGCGACGGCGUGGUCGGCAUCGACAACUUCAACAAGUACUACGACCCGUCGCUGAAGAAGGCCCGGCGCGCGCUGCUGGCGUCGCACGGCGUGUUCGUGGUGGAGGGCGACAUCAACGACGGCCGCCUGCUCACCAAGCUCUUCGACGUGGUGCCCUUCACGCACGUGCUCCACCUGGCGGCGCAGGCCGGGGUGCGGUACGCCAUGGAGAACCCGGCGUCGUACGUCCACUCCAACAUCGCGGGGCUGGUGUCGCUCCUGGAGGCGUGCAAGGAGGCGGACCCGCAGCCGGCCGUGGUGUGGGCGUCCUCCUCCUCCGUCUACGGGCUCAACGACGCGGUGCCCUUCUCGGAGGCGCACCGCACGGACCGGCCGGCGUCGCUCUACGCGGCCACCAAGAAGGCCGGCGAGGAGAUCACCCACACAUACAACCACAUCUACGGCCUGUCCGUGACCGGCCUCCGCUUCUUCACCGUGUACGGACCCUGGGGGCGGCCGGACAUGGCCUACUUCUCCUUCACCCGGAACAUCCUCCAGGGGAAGCCGAUCACCGUGUACCGGGGCAGGGACCACGUGGACCUCGCCCGGGACUUCACGUACAUCGACGACAUCGUGCGCGGGUGCCUGGCGUCGCUGGACACGGCGGGGCGGAGCACGGGGACGGGCGGGAGGAAGCGCGGGCCGGCGCCGUACAGGAUCUUCAACCUGGGGAACACGGCGCCGGUGACGGUGCCGACGCUGGUGUCGAUCCUGGAGCGGUACCUGCGGGUGAACGCGAAGAAGAACGUGGUGGAGAUGCCCGGGAACGGGGACGUGCCCUUCACGCACGCCAACAUCAGCCUGGCGCGGGAGCAGCUCGGGUACAAGCCCACCACCAGCCUCGAGAUGGGGCUCAAGAAGUUCGUCCGGUGGUACCUCUCCUACUACGGGUACAACCGGGGCACGCAGGCAUUCAACAACUUGUGA